AUGAAAAAUAAUCAACAUGAGAAAGACAUUAACCGCGAACGCAAAACUAACGAGGUGAUACGUCCGGUUAAUUAUUUUAUCUCAAUCACCAUGGUCGACGAGAUCCUUAACGGUUUAAACUAUUUACACGGCAUGGAUAUAAUGCAUCGGGAUAUAAACCAGCGUAAUAUAUUAAUGAAACAACAAGGUAACGAUUGUGUAAUUAAAAUAUGCGAUUUUGGGUUAUCCAAAAUUGAAGAAUCCGCAUCACAGCAUACCGCCAAUGUGGGCACACCCACCUACCAGGCGCCCGAGGUAAAAUGGGGCGGUAAAUACAAUAAGCUGGCCGAUAUAUUUAGCCUGGUUACAUUACAGAAAUAA